AUGGCGGCACCAGCAACAGCAUCAAAGACAGUCCAGAUCUACCAGCCGUCAGGCAAAGACGGCGUACCAAGCCAUCCAAGCUUGAGCAAAGCCGAGUUCCCCAUCGACGCCUUCCAAGGCAAAUGGUUCGUGAUCCAAUCGACUCUAGGGAUCUGGAAGACGCGGAAAGACGUCACUAUCACCUACACGCCUCAUACGCCACCGCCCAACUUGGCGUAUAACGACCACGUGCAGUAUCGGUCUACUUCCUCGCCGUCGAGCAAACCACUCUGCUCCAUUGUCGGUAUCUCCACGCUCCUUCCUACUGCUGCUCAGAGCUCGACCGAUACGCAACCACACCAGGAGCAUGGCGCACACUUCAAGUGGCGCGGAUCUGGCUGGCUGAGGAUCGCGAGCUCUAAAUGGCAGGUCUUGGGAUACGACCUACAAGAGGGCUGGGUGGUAACCUUCUUCGAGAAGACGCUGUUCACGCCUGCGGGGCUGGACGUGUAUGCCAGGCAGCCGGGUACGUUGAGCAGCGAGAGGCUGUCAGAAAUUGUCAAAGCGACGCAGUCGCUAGGCGGAGAAGCGGGCAAGUUAGCAGAGGGAUUCUUCGAGGUUACCCAUGGUGUAUGAACUGGUCGAGCAUGAUCUGAAUUCUCUGUACACCCUGAACACUCCGAUGUAUGGAUUGUAUUGUACACUUCCUCCGAAUAACCAUUACGUGUCU